GGACAUUUGAAAGACCAAAUGCUGUGAUGGUUCAACAAAUUGAAGGGAUGCGUGAAAUCAUUACAGAGAAACACGUGUGGCAUCUAAGUGAUAAAGCCAUCAAGAAUGUCUAUUUGUUCUACAUCAUGUUCAGUUGUUGGGGAUGUCUGUACUUUGGUUCCGCAAAAGAUCCAUUCUAUGACUCGGAGGAGUACCGUGGUGAAUCUGGUGAUGGAACCGGAUAUUGGGUCUAUGAAACUCAAGAAGACAUAGAAGAGAAAGCAAGAGCAGAGUUAUGGCGUGAAGAACUCAUCGAAGAAAUUGAACAGAAAGUUGGUGGCUUAAGAGAGCUCGAAGAAGCUGUUACCAAGUAGACAACUAACUUGUAAAUCAUAAGCAAAUUAUGCACAUAUAUUUUAUUUCCUUGAUAACGGUCAUAAA